CUCGGCAACGGCGGCGGCGCGCGGGCCCGGCGGGCGCCUCCCGGGCCCAGGUGAUCCCUGGGACUCCCAGCCACAGCCAUGGGGUUGUUUGACAAGCUGGCAGGAUGGCUUGGGCUGAAGAAGAAGGAGGUUCACGUCUUGUGCCUUGGCUUGGACAACAGCGGCAAAACGACGAUCAUCAAUAAACUUAAACCUUCAAAUGCUCAAACACAGGACAUCGUUCCAACAAUAGGAUUCAGUAUAGAGAAAUUCAAAACUUCAAGUUUGUCUUUCACAGUGUUUGAUAUGUCAGGCCAAGGGAAAUACAGAGACCUCUGGGAGCACUACUACAAAGAAGGACAAGCCAUUAUUUUUGUCAUUGACAGCAGUGACAAAUUAAGAAUGGUUGUGGCCAAAGAAGAACUUGACACCCUUCUGAAUCAUCCAGACAUUAAGCACCGCCGGCUGCCUAUUCUCUUCUUUGCUAACAAGAUGGACCUCAGGGAUGCAGUGUCAUCUGUGAAAGUGUCUCAGUUGCUAUCCUUAGAAAACAUCAAAGACAAGCCCUGGCACAUCUGUGCCAGUGAUGCUCUUAAAGGAGAAGGAUUACAAGAAGGUGUGGAUUGGCUCCAAGGUCAGAUGCAAGCAAUGAAGACAUGAGAGAUAAAUAGAGGAUCUAUGGGGUUCUUUUACACCCUUUGUCAGUAGGUGAAGAACGAGUUCCUUGGAAAGGAAGAAUGAUUUGAGGAAGAUGAACAGUUCAGCUAAAAUAUCCUGUAUUGACUUUUUUCAGUUUAGUGUCUCUUCCAGGAAAACUGAAUGUAGACAACCUAGCACCUCAGGUAUGCACACUGAUGAAUUAAAUUUAAUCUUGUGACUGGAGAGCAUAUACAGAAAAAAUAUUUGUGUUAACAAUAAACAUCUGCAUUCAUUUGAGGUUUAGGUGAUAAUUAGCCAUCAGUAAAUGCCCCUCUGUUUUUUGGGGGACGCAUUUUGAGCAAAUGGAAAUAUUUAUUUUCCAGAGAGAGAAUAAUCAGCACUUCCUGAAAUCCAUCUACAUAAGAUAUCUACUGAUUUUAGAUGCCCAGUUUUAGGCAUUACCGCCAUUUUUUUAUAUUAAAGUUUGAUGUUGGGUUUUUAUUAUCCAUCUCUAAUAUACUUCUAUAAGAGUAUUUUAUUAAAGAUAUAAGGAUUCAAAUGUUCAGUGUAUUUGUUACAGAUGAUUGCAGAUGUUUUUAAGAAAUUGCUUUUAAUGAAAUGUUACUAAUUGUUUUUGUGAUUAUGCCAUGGUUAUAUUUGCAUUCCCAUCAAUAAAACUUCAAAUAUAUGACAUGCCCUGAUUGGGUUUUUUAACUUCAGUAUACUCAUUAAUGGUCUUUAUAUCGUAGAGAUUUUUGGGGUUUUAUUUUUAUUUGUUUCAUUUGGAAUGUGUUUAUCCAUAUUCAAGUGGGUAUAGCACUGUAUAUGUAAUAAAAUGGUAUCUCUGUUGCCAAGGGGUUUUUUUUAUUAAUUGCAUGUAUUUUUUACACUACCUAAUCCACUAGACCUCUCUUCCAGAUACUUAAGGAGCAUAUGAAUCACAGGAUGGGUCAGACUGGAAGGGACCAGAGUGGGGUCAUCUGGCCCCAGCUCCCUGCUCAGGCAGGACCAUCCCAGAGCACAUGGCACAGCAUUGCAUCCAGGAGGUUCUGGAAUGUUCUCAGUGAGGGGGACUCCACAGCCUCUCUGGACAAUCUGUUCCAGUGCAUGGUCACUGCACAGGAAAGUUCUUUUCAUGUCCAGGUGGAACUUUCUGUGCAUCAGUUUCUUGCAAGUUGUUCGAAAACACAGUUAAGGGACAGCUCACUGGUUUACUAGUCAUUAUUAUGAAAUAUGUUAUAUACUUCUGUUGUGUAUAAAGACUGUUUUACUUUCAAAAAUCUAUUUAAUAAACUUUCUGGCUCCAAAGAUGUACCAUAGGUAACAAAUUAAGAAUUUUAUUUUUGUU